AUGACAGUUGCUACUGGAGACCCCACAGAUGAAGCGGCAGCUUUGGCAGGUCAUCCUCAGGACACCUAUAACCCUGAAACUGAUCAUGAAUGCUGUGAGAGGGUGGUCAUUAACAUCUCGGGGCUGCGGUUUGAAACGCAACUCAAGACGCUAGCUCAGUUUCCAGAGACCUUGCUAGGGGACCCUAAAAAGAGAAUGAGAUACUUUGAUCCUCUCCGGAAUGAAUAUUUCUUUGACCGAAACAGACCCAGCUUCGAUGCUAUUUUGUACUACUACCAAUCGGGUGGCAGGUUAAGGAGGCCUGUCAACGUGCCCUUAGACAUCUUCUCGGAGGAGAUCAGGUUUUAUGAACUCGGGGAAGAAGCCAUGGAGAUGUUCCGAGAGGAUGAAGGAUACAUAAAGGAAGAAGAAAGGCCUUUACCGGAGAACGAGUUUCAGAGACAAGUGUGGCUGCUCUUUGAGUAUCCAGAAAGCUCAGGGCCUGCCAGGAUUAUAGCUAUUGUCUCUGUCAUGGUGAUUCUAAUCUCCAUUGUGAGCUUUUGCCUGGAAACGCUGCCCGUUUUUCGGGAUGAGAACGAAGACCUGCAUGGCGGCGGGAUGAGCCAUGACCCCAACCACAACAGGACCAUGAGCAAUCAGCAGUCGACCUCUUUCACAGACCCUUUCUUUAUAGUAGAGACACUUUGCAUCAUUUGGUUCUCCUUCGAGUUCUUGGUAAGGUUUUUCGCCUGCCCCAGCAAGGCUGGGUUUUUUACCAACAUCAUGAACAUUAUUGACAUUGUAGCUAUCAUCCCGUACUUCAUCACUCUAGGGACUGAACUGGCUGAGAAACCAGAGGAUGGCCAGCAAGGCCAACAGGCCAUGUCUCUGGCCAUCCUUCGAGUCAUCCGCUUGGUGAGGGUUUUUAGGAUCUUCAAACUGUCCAGGCACUCCAAAGGGCUGCAGAUCCUGGGGCAGACACUCAAGGCCAGCAUGAGGGAACUAGGCCUCUUGAUAUUUUUCCUCUUCAUUGGCGUCAUCCUCUUCUCCAGCGCCGUCUACUUCGCAGAGGCUGAUGAGAGCGAGUCUCAGUUUCACAGCAUCCCAGAUGCGUUCUGGUGGGCCGUGGUUUCCAUGACCACAGUUGGCUAUGGAGACAUGGUCCCCACGACCAUCGGUGGGAAAAUAGUGGGCUCCUUAUGCGCCAUUGCAGGUGUAUUAACGAUUGCCUUACCAGUGCCAGUCAUAGUGUCCAACUUCAACUACUUCUAUCACCGCGAGACGGAAGGAGAAGAGCAAGCCCAAUAUUUGCAAGUGACCAGCUGCCCAAAGAUCCCUUCUUCCCCUGACCUAAAGAAAAGCAGAAGUGCCUCCACUAUUAGUAAGUCUGAUUAUAUGGAGAUACAGGAAGGUGUAAAUAAUAGUAAUGAGGACUUUAGAGAGGAGAACUUGAAGACAGCCAAUUGCACCCUGGCUAACACAAAUUACGUUAAUAUCACCAAAAUGCUAACCGAUGUGUAG